UAAUUGUACAAACCACUGAAUGUUGAGUUUUGACAAGUCCUGACAGGGGUCCUCCCCAAGAUCAGAGCGUCUUUAAACAACGGCAUCGAGUGACUGAAAGGGUUCAACAUAAAACUCUUGCAUUUAAAUAAUGAAGAUACAUGUAAUUAAAAAUAUGUAACUGUAAUUGUCUAAGUUGAAAUUAAAAGAAACACUUUUUUCAGUCAUUUAUUUAUUUUAUUUGCGUCCUGCAAGUCUCUAUCCAUUAUCAGUGCACUACUGAUUGUCUUAAGCUUUUUAAGAAUUUGAAUUCAAGGAAAGUUGAACAGUUUUUGCCAGUUAAGAAAUUACAUUCUCAGCAAAGUGAUGUGAUGAGAAAAGCUGGAGUGAAGAGUGCAGUGGAAAACACAUUUUCUUGUGUUCUAGUCUACAUGUUAAAAGGAUACCGCACAAAUAAAUGUGUUCCUUGGUCCCGAUAAUGUAGAAUAUGCUUUUUAAUUAUUGUAGGAACUACACUACUACAGGGCAUAAAAUCGUAUAAUCCAGACUGCCAUACUAGGACUUUUCUGAAAACAGUAAAAGCUGGCUAACUUUACGGGACAGUGUUGGACAUUUACUUUAUGUAUACGUAGUUACACUGAUCUAAGAUUAUCUUCAAAGUUCAAUCUAGUAUAUUCAUUUUCCUAUCCUGCGCUAUAUGCAGUGACCGCAUUUAGAGUCCUAUACUCCGUCCCAGCUGGCGGCACUACUGAACAAUUUCUUGGAGUAUUUACCGUCUAAGUUUAGCCGAAGAAAACGACGAGGAGCAAAAACAAAGUUAUCUGGAGGAUGCGUAGAAGUUGAACCAGGGCAAUGAUCUGAUUCAAAUGAUCUGGUUAUUCUAGCUGGUUAAGGCGGCCUUGUGGACGUCCUUAUGGUAUUGUAUGUCUAUGGUCCUUUGGCCGUAUACUGUAUCUACUAACGUUCUGAAAUAGUUUUGACAAGUCAGGGUUAGAGAUGUACACAAAUGCCUGUGUUGCAUCGGCAGGCCGUGCGGUGCUUGAAAUGAUGCAGAACGAAUGGGAGCCUCUUUCCCAUGGGGAGCUCGACCAGCGUCUGGAUCAAGCAGUCGAGGAGAUACUGGAAGCCGAGUUGAUGGCCAAAGUCCAAGCCCAUUCCAGUCCUCUGCUCUUGCAGGUAUCCCGAACGGAGGAGCCAUUGCUGCAUGUUCAGGCGCAAUCUCAAGAUCUGGUCCAUCCUCAAGUGGUAUUUCAGUUGUCAGAAACGUUUGCAGUUUCACCCAAUUCAGACAAUGAGCUACAGCGACAGUCCGCUGAAAAAGCUGAGGAAAAUCCAGCAGUUCAGCACAUUAUGGACCUCCUGAAGAACGCCAACACCAGCUAUAAUCGCAGUCGACUUGCCGGGAGAGCACGUUUGUCUCUCUCCCACACCGUCCUACUUUCUCUCACUCUGCUUUCCAAACGUCGCAGCUAUCGCUCUGUGUCCACCAGUUUCCGUCUGGAGAAAGGGAAUAUCCACAGGAUUUUCUUCUCCUUCUGCGACCGCGUCAACGCUCUGGAGGAACAGCAGAUACAAUGGCCGAAGAGUCAGGAGAUGAUCGAGCAUAUGCUGCCCUUCUCAAGUCUGCUGGGGGUGAAUGAUGUUGAGGAGCGAGGUGUCCCAAAGGUGUUGGGAGUUUUGGGUCACACACGCAUCCCUAUUCGUCUGCCAAUUGGCAAGCAAGAUGUGGAGAAGGAGGAACUGGACCUGAAACAUCUGACCAAAGAGGUUCACCCAGACUCUUGGCUGAAUCUGGAGCUGGUUUGCGAUGGACAGGGGCGCUUCAUUCAUUGCCGGGUCAGCCCAGGAUCCGAACAGGAUCGGGCAAGUGACCUUAGGAGGAGGUUUCAGAACAACCCAGGUAUGGUGCCAGCAGGGUGCUGCCUGGUUGCAGGCACUGGAUACCCCUUGACAGAACAGAUCCUCACCCCGUAUUCUGCAGGGCGUGGACCCAGCGAGAACCUCUUUAACAGAACACUAGAAAGCCACUUGUGUCGACUGGACCAGGCAGUGGAGGACCUGAAAGUACGGUUCCAAAGACUCAAGUACCUGGACAUGGGGAACUAUGAGAGAGCCAAAGCAGUAGUCUUAACCUCAUGCAUCCUGCACAACGUUUUUCUUGACAUGGGGGAUAUUGUCAAGGGCCAUCCAUCGAGGGAAGUGAGAGAACAGGAGCAAGAGGGUGAGAGAGAGGUGGCAGGUUUGAGGUGGAGAGAUGCGGUUGCACAACAGUUAUACAGUACCUUGGACACAGACAGCAUUUGAACAGACUGAGUUUCAACCCCGUAUUAUUGAAAAUGUAACAUUGCUGUGUGCUAUUAAUCUCCAGUGACUGUCAUUAAAUAGAUCACCAGAGACUAACA